AUGCACUCACACAGAGGCAAAAAUAAAAGACAAGAUCUAAGAAAGAAGAAGAUGGGAGGCCCUAAUGACCAAGCGUCUCAAAUUGCCAGUGUCUUAGGCAAUAUUGAGCAGCUUAAUGGAAGCAACUAUGCUUCAUGGAAGGAGAAGCUGGAAGUCACUCUUGCUUUGCUGGAUAUUGAUUAUGCCCUCCAUAAGGAUCCUCCGGUUGAGCCUAAACCAGAGGAUGAAAAUUAUGAAGUCCUGAAAAAGGAAUAUGAUGAAGAAAAAACAAAAUGGAGUGUUUCAAAUCGUAAAUGCAUUAUGAUCAUUAGAAGCUCCAUUAUUGAUACAAUAAGAGGAGCAAUUCCUGAUACUCAGUCUGUCAGGGAUUAUCUUACUAAGAUUGAGGUUGGUGGGUGAAAAAUAUGAUGCUACUGGCAGUCUAAGGGAGCACAUUAUGAAGAAAUGCCACAUGGCUUCCAAGCUUAAGUCAAUGGAGAUGGAAAUCUCUGAUGGUUUUCUUGUUCAUUUCAUUAUGUCAUCACUGCCCCAGGAGUUCUCUCCAUUUGUGAUCAACUACAACUCUAUGAAAAUAAAGUGGGGGUAUUGAUGAGUUGAUUUCCAUGUGUGUGCAAGAAGAAGAAAGGUUUAAGGCAGAAAGAAUUGAUCAUACUAA